UUCAAGCAGGAAGAUGUUUCUCCAACCCCUGGGACACGUGAGAGACCACAGGUACAGAGACAGAAUUGAGCGUACCAAAGCCUCACAGCACCCAGAACACCAAAACCCUUGGAGGCUGUGCUGCAAGGGCCAUGUGCAGACAGAGGAAUAGACACCCCUACUCCAGCCUGGAGAUUGUCCUCAUCACUCUCCUGGUGUUGAUGACAGCGGUGACCGUGGCACUCCUCGUCCUUCACUUUGUCACUGGGGAGAGCAGCAAUGGCAAGUCGAGCUCUUUUGAUUAUGAUAAACCAUCGCCUACCCAGAAACCACCAACAACUGAUGGCUCUGGAAACUACUUACUGGGUGUAGGUCGGGCAGACUGCACAGGGCCCGUAGCAGAAAUUCCUCUGAUGGGCUAUGCCAAUCCAGACCAGGUGGGUGGCGGACUUCUCACACGCCUCUACAGCCGAGCCUUCAUCGUCGCUGAGCCCAAUGACUCCAGGAGAGUGGUGUUUGUCAGCACUGACAUAGGGAUGAUGUCCCAGAGGCUGAGGCUGGAGGUGUUGAAGGAACUGAAGAUCAAGUAUGGCGAGCUGUACAGAAGGGACAACGUCAUCCUGAGUGGCACCCACACGCACUCAGGGCCUGGUGGUUACUUCCAGUACACACUCUUCUGGAUCACUAGCAGAGGGUUGAUCAAACCAAACCUCAAUGCUAUAGUGAAUGGCAUUGUAAAGAGCAUUGAUAUAGCACAUCAGAACAUGAAGAGAGGAAGGCUUUUUUUAAACAGAGGCAUGGUAGAAAACAGUCAAAUCAACCGCAGCCCUUACUCGUAUCUCCAGAAUCCAGCAUCUGAACGCAGCAGGUACUCAACCAACACAGAUAAAGAAAUGGUGAUGCUGAAGCUGGUAGAUGAGAAUGGACAUGACCUAGGACUCAUCAGCUGGUUUGCUGUGCAUCCUGUCAGCAUGAACAACACCAACCAUCUUGUCAACAGCGACAACAUGGGCUAUGCAUCUCUCCUGUUUGAGCAGGAGAAGAACAAGGGUGUGCUUCCUGGAGAGGGCUCUUUUGUUGCUGCCUUUGCAUCCUCCAACCUGGGGGAUGUGUCUCCCAACACCAAAGGUCCAUUCUGCAUAAACACAGGGGAAUCGUGUGAUAACCCACAGAGCACCUGUCCUGUUGGGGGGGCAUCAAUGUGUAUGGCCAUGGGACCUGGCACUGACAUGUUCGACAGCACAAGAAUUAUUGCACAAAAUAUCUACUUGAAAGCAAAGGAGCUGUACACCAGUGCUACCCAGGAGCUCACUGGGCCGCUGCUCUCCGCUCACCAGUGGGUCAACAUGAGCGAUGUCCAGGUGCGGCUCAAUGCCACGCACAUGGUUAAAACAUGCAAACCAGCCUUGGGACAUAGUUUUGCUGCAGGGACCAUAGAUGGAGUGGGGGCUUUCAACUUCACACAAGGCUCAGUAGAAGGGGACCCGUUUUGGGACAACAUCCGAGACCAGCUCCUGGGAGAGCCAUCCAAUGAAACAAAGGCUUGCCACCAACCAAAGCCGGUUCUCUUUAGCACCGGGGAGAUGACUUGGCCUCACCCCUGGCACCCUGACAUUGUAGAUGUUCAGAUUGCUACUAUUGGGUCAUUGGCAAUUGUUGCUGUUCCUGGAGAGUUCACGACCAUGUCGGGACGCAGGCUGCGGGAAGCUGUUAAAAGCGAAUUUGGCUCUUACGGUACAGUAGGAAUGGAUGUUGUAAUUGCGGGUCUGUGUAAUGUCUACACGCAUUACAUUACCACCUAUGAAGAAUACCAGGUUCAACGAUACGAGGCGGCAUCGACUAUUUAUGGACCACACACCCUUUCUGCUUACAUCCAGUUGUACAGAGGAAUUGCAAGGGCUAUUGCUACGAACACAGUGCAGGACUUGCCAAGUGGUCCUGAGCCCCCAUUUUUCAACAUAACCAGCCUGACCUUGGUGCCUGCUGUCACUCCCGAUAGAGCACCAGUGAAUAAGACAUUUGGGGAUGUGCUUCAAGAAGUGAACGCACAGUAUCGAGUGGGAGAAGUUGCUGCAGUAACUUUUGUAGGUGCAAACCCCAGGAACUCUGCAGAGAACACGACUGAACACAACUUUCUCACUGUGGAGAGAUACAUGAAUGUUACAGGGAGCUGGCAGGUGGUACAGAACGAUGCCUCCUGGGACACCAGGUCUGUGUCCCUAACACUGCUUCGCAGUCUCUGCAUGGGCUUUGAGUUUAAUCCAACCUUAGGUUGGUCUUGUUCCUUCAGACAGUGCUCUUUGGGAAUACAUCAGUCCACAUUCGUUUGGUUAACGUGUCCAGAACAAAACAUUCAGCCUUCCCCUUGGUAUAUCUUCUGCAAUGAAAGCUUAUAAAUUUGAGAGUGGUAUACUGAAGAGUAAGAAUUGGAGCAGGAUCAGUGUUCAAUUUGUUCACAGCCUACAUCCAUCCAUCUUUAGUAUUGUGCUAAUGGAUAGCAUACCAAAUAAGAGGCCCAGACAACAGUAAAGCUUUUAUAGAAGACUGUCUGGUUUGUUGUACAUCAUAGAGCAGAAACAGAUAUCAAUUUUAAAAGUCUAUAAGAAAAGAAAAUCAAGGUUGGAGAUGUCAAUCAUGAGGAAAAACAGCCAUUAUGCAGCAAAGUUGAUGUCACCUUUCAAAGCUAUCCUAGAAGCCAGUAUACAAAGUACAAAUGUCAAGGGAGUCUUUGGUCAAACUUUUCAUUUUGAAGUUACUCUCCUGCUACAAUAAACCCAGGCAUUUGCCAAUCUUCCCCUGCACCUGUAAGAACACACGCACCAACCAAUAAGAAGGUGGAAAACAUCCAUAUUGAGAUCUUCUGGCAUUGCGACGUCCCACCGCAUAUAACAUCAGGCAUCAGAGAGAGUGUUCUAACGCUCAAUGUGUUCUGGACUUGCUGGGCUGUGUCUUGGUGUUCACAACAGUGGAGCAUCAGACCAGACCCCACAUCUGCAGUGUGGGCAGUUAUCGCUGCCCUGGCACUGCUCAGGAGGAUGGGCAGCAAUUUGCCUGGCCCUGCCUUUUGUUGAAGGCAGACAACAGAGAUAAAUGGUGGCCAGAUCGCGACGAGCUCAUCUGCCCAAAGUUCUUCCCAGGUGAGAUCUAGGCUGAAUUCUAGUUCCUGGGUCCCAGGGGUGUUGGUCCUGGUUCAGAGUCUGCUGAGUGGGACAGAGAGAGGGUGGUGGCACAGGUCCAUCAGCACAGGUCCAUCACAGCAGCGUUUUGUGGCCAUGGCAUUACACACAGCCAAACAUUUUCUAAAAACUUGUCAACCCUGUAGAGCUUGGGAUUGGCUUUCUGGUUGCUGCUCUGAUAGCCUAAAUAUAUGAGCAAAAGGGUAAUAGUAGCUCUUAAAAUAUACUUAGCUGGAACACAUUCAUCUUAUGUUAAAGCAAAUGUAUUUUCGUGCUGAUUCCAGUUUGGUCUUGCC